ACGCACUGCAUUGUCACACGCAGCGCAGCUAUCUAUAGACGCCAUUCAUUGCGCUGCGCGACCUCACACUGUACUGUAUGUAUCACACAUCCCAUCCGCACCGAUAUGCAUAUCGAGCAUGUAUACCAUACAAUACAAUCUGUCUGCACAUCACAUCCAACAGAUCUGUCACACAUCAUCUGUCUGUCUGUCUGUAUGUCUAUCUAUCUCUCACACACGGCACGGCCGCCCCCCUCCCACCCCUCUCGUGCGUGCAUCCUCGCCCCUUGUCUCUUCGCUGACUCGGGCCGAUCCACGUAAGCCUUCGCCUUGUUCGCGAAAGCCCACAGCUCAGAGUACCGCCGAUCGCGGGGACAUGCAGCCACGAGCCUCCCAAUCCUGGCCGACAAGUCACUGUCGUCCUCUGUCGGGCUGGCGUCUGUGCUGAGUAUGAUUGGUAGGCUGUCGACAAUGCAUCGGAGUGCCUCUGGCUUGAAGCCGUGCAGGAUGCCGCUACUGUGAUGGAGCAGCGCACGGACCGCAUCGCCCAUUGAAGGAUCCCACCCAUGCGCACGACGGAAGUCCUGAGGCGGACAAGGAAACAACAGCCCUCCAUCCUUUCUGAAUGCGCAAUGCGCAUGGCACUCGGCAUGCGCAUAUGCUUACCGCAAUGCACUCAAUGGCCAUGGCGACAUAGGCCGGCCCCAAAACAGAUGUCUUGUUUGCGAGAUGGCGACACAUGGUCAAGAAGGCGUCCCGCCACUCAGGCACCUCCACUCCCUCUGACUCAGUGGCUGCCAGCGCCCUCUCGCACCGCCUGAGGGCCGCCAUGGACUCGCACAGCGAAUUCCCGCGCAGGUCAAUCGCCUUUCUGAUAUACGGAGAAGGCACGUGCCCAUCAACCAAACCGAUCACAUGCUCGUUCAUCCAUCCUCUCACUGACUCGCUCACUCGAGUAAGAUGUGUGUGUAGUGGUCGAGGAGUUGUGUGUCGUAGCAGCCAAUGCGGAUCAUACAGCGGGAGAGGAAGGCCAGGUGGGGCGCCCCCAUCAAGGGCAGCAGCUGACGGGCCCGCCCAAAGGCAGAUGACCAGAACGGCCGGUGCAGCAGCUUCCUCUCGCUCCCCUCUGCAUCAAUCAACCCACACACAGACACACAGACACACAGACAGACAGGCAGAGGAAACACGAGAUCUAUCCAUUCAAUCCAGCUGCCGUGUUGUUCAUUCCUCUGUGUGCACGCCGCACCGACCUCUGCAGUAGAAGAGCAGUUCAGUGAGGUUCAUGAGUCGGAAGUCCACCAGCUGCAGCGCGAGCCGGUGCACCUCCCUCUUGCUCUGAUCUGACGGAGGGGGCCGGUGCUGCAGCAGAUGAAGCUUCAGCACCAGCUGCUUACGCUGGCUUCCCAU